GGAAGUGAAAGGAGAAGCCAGAUCAUAGGUUGGGGUAGUAGGUAGUUAGCUGAUUGGGAGACAAGAAGGCUAGCUCUCUAGCACAGUGCCAAAUUUAGAACUUUUUAUUUGUACCAUUAGCUCGUCGGUUAACGGCACGCAUCGCUUUUUUUUAGCUGUCUUCGCCAAGGAAAGCGCAUUUCUGGGGGUGCGGGUUUUUUUUUGAGGCGACUCGGUGCCCAAUUAACGCCGGCCGACAAGUCGAGCUCCGGGGAGCUAGCUGGCUAACGUAACGCCUAAUUCGGCUAGCUGUCCUGAACAAUAACAGCUAGUUAGCGCGCAGCCCGGCUCCCGUACGGCCCGCUAGUCGCCUCUCCAGAGCGUCCCCCCCGACAUUAAGCUGAACAAUGACGUCUAGGAAGAAAGUGCUCCUUAAAGUCAUCAUCCUGGGAGAUUCUGGAGUUGGAAAGACCUCCCUAAUGAACCAGUACGUGAACAAAAAGUUUAGUAACCAGUACAAAGCAACAAUAGGGGCAGAUUUCCUCACCAAGGAGGUAAUGGUGGACGACCGGCUUGUUACGAUGCAGAUCUGGGACACAGCUGGCCAGGAAAGGUUUCAGUCUUUGGGCGUAGCGUUCUACCGCGGGGCAGACUGCUGCGUGCUGGUUUUCGACGUGACCGCGCCCAACACCUUCAAGACGCUCGACAGCUGGAGGGAUGAGUUUCUAAUCCAGGCCAGCCCCCGAGAUCCCGAGAACUUCCCUUUCGUGGUGCUAGGCAACAAGAUCGACCUGGAGAACAGACAGGUGACCACUAAAAGAGCUCAGGCUUGGUGUCAGAGUAAGAACAACAUCCCCUACUUUGAGACCAGCGCCAAAGAAGCCAUAAACGUAGAACAGGCAUUCCAGACAAUUGCACGCAACGCUCUAAAACAGGAGACGGAGGUGGAGUUGUAUAACGAAUUCCCGGAGCCCAUAAAGCUGGACAGGAACGACAGAGCCAAACCUUCUGCAGAAAGCUGCAGCUGCUGAGUGACGAACUGGACCAUCCUCUGUCAUCAUGUCCUCACCCCCCCCCCCGUUGCAUCUCAUCAGCCUUCGCUCCCGGGGGAAAACGAUUCCCCCACUGGUCUUCCUUACACACCGCUCAUUCCACUGACACCGCCCCUCACGCUGUAUGCUGCACAUGGAUGUAUGUCCCUUCCCCCCUCCCCACUUAGUACAUAAAUUAAUACACUAGCGCUCCCUCGUAUAUAAAACGAUGACAAAUCCAGUGCAGUCAAAUCACAUAAGAGAAGGAAAUUUGUGACCUCACGCCCCAUGACUUGGUGGUGAGUGAACUCUGGUGUUGCGUCAUGAUUGCCAGGCUUUGCCCCCCCCCCCCCCCCCUCGACUCCCACUGACAGGGCGAGGCGGUGGAGCCAUGUUCAGAGUGCAAAUAGGAAAUCUGAAUGGACUCCAGAACCCUCACAGCCAGCUCUGUGUUGUGAGACGAUGUUGGCUAAUCCCGAGACACAGCAUCCCAAAUAUCUUCCUCUGCUUUCUGCUCGCUUUCCUUUUGCGCCCUAGCAGAACUAAAUAAAUAUAUGAUGUAAUUGGCUGUUAAUUUAAAAGCCGAUCUGAAACACUUGUGGUUUUGCACUUCUUCUUUUUUUUUUCUUCUUUUUUUUUGCCUUUAAGUGUUAUGGAGGGAGGACUUUUUCUUCUGUACUUCCUCUAAAACCCCCUGCCUCCUCCAAACAUCUGAGAAUCUUCUGAACAAUCUGGUGAUUGUAUUGCCUUUUCACGUCAGGAUUAGGGUUUAUAACUGCCUCACACUGCUGAAUAUAUGUUACUGUGUCGAGUAAAAGCUGAUUUAGGCAGUCACAGUGCAACCAGUUUAAAUCCAUGAUAUAUAAAGUUUGCCUUUUAUGUAACAUUACCUGUACUGCUACUAUUACUGCUGUAUGUGUUAUGUCCUCAUCAGAUACCUGUCAGUGCUAAAGGAUCACUAAAUGCAUCACCAACACUGCAUACACCCGUCUCCUGUCCUGUCGUCAUUAUUGCUGUUCUAUCUAUCUGCUUGUAGCUCAGGUUGGCUAAGUACUUAAUAUUUUUAACGGAUUGUGUAUUACGGUGUAUAGAUGGUAUAGAACUGAAAUCGGUUUCUCCUUUCCAUUUAAAAGAAAAUAUUCAACAAUUUGUCCUGGUAUUACUCUUUUCUGUUUUUGUUUUUUUGUUUUGUUUUUUUGUUUUUUUUCUUCCUUACAGAAAACAUUACAGCAAUGCCAAUUAUGUUGUAAAAGAAAAUUUGAACGUCAAAUAAAACUCUUGAAUAUAUAAA